AUGGCGAUGCGCGUCUCGAAGAAGCGUUUCCGAGAGUGCGGGAGUGGCGCAUUAGCGUUUGGGGUUCCCCCAGCCGGGAACUCGGCGGGGCUUCCUCCCUCCCAGGCGUCCGAAGCCCCCGCCCUGGGGCCGCGAAGGGGCAGAGUGGGAGCCUCGUGCGAACAGCCCCUCGGCGCUCCAGAACACGCCGAGCAGUCCUUGGCGAUGGGGGUCCCCUCGCGGCAACCGGUCCCCACGACCUCCUCCCCUACACCCCCCGCCCCUCCGCCCCAGGGGAGCCCAGCGUCCACUUCCACGUCCAAACCGCCGAUCCAGGGUCUACACCCGCGCGCUCAGUCGGCGGAGCAAGGGGUCACAGAGGGCGGCAGCGCCGAUCCCACGGGAGACGUCCCACCGCUCGGAAACUCGCGAAGAGAGCGGGGAAGUGUCAUUUCUUCCUUUCUCUCCGGCUCCUCGGGAGCCCGUGGAACUCCGAGAGGAGCAGGCAGCCGGGAGAAGAAAGAAGGCGCAGGGGGGAGCCACUUACCCAAGGCAGAGCCCGAGAGCGCGGCGGCCCGGGAGCGAGCAGCGCCUUUGUCUGCGGCCGCGGCGCCGGCGCGCUCUGCCCCGCCGGUCCCAGCCCCGGCGCGCGGCGAGCUCCCGCGGGCGCCCGGACAGCCCGGCGCGCGGCUCGGCUCCGGCUGCCUCUCUGGCCCCGGCCCGGGUCCUCGCCGCCCCGCUCUCCGCCGCGACUCCGCCCCGAGCUGGGCCCCGCCCCCGGCCCUCCGGGCCCCCACCUGCUGCGGCGGCGGGCGCGCGGGGGAGCCCGGCCUUGGGCGGCAGGGGGCGGCUGCCUCCCCCGCGCUCCCGGCUCCCUCCUCCCGCAAGCCCGGCGGCCGCUCCGCCGCGCUGUUCCGGGGCGGAGCGCGCGCAGUGUAG